AUGAAGAGCAUUAUACUUUUUGCUUUGUUGGGGGCAGCAGUUGCUUUUCCGAUUGAGGAAGACAAAAUUGUUGGUGGCUAUGAAUGCCCAAAGCACUCAGUUCCCUGGCAAGUCUCAUUAAAUGCUGGAUACCACUUCUGUGGAGGGUCUUUGAUCGCCAGUCAAUGGGUCGUGUCUGCUGCUCACUGUUAUAAAUCAUCCAUUCAGGUCAGACUUGGAGAACAUAAUAUUGAAGUGAAUGAGGGCACUGAACAGUUCAUCAGUUCAUCUAGGGUUAUCAGACAUGAGAGCUACAGCUCGUACACCUUGGAUAACGACAUUAUGUUGAUCAAGCUCAGCAGUCCUGCAAACCUCAACAGCAACGCAAAUGUUGUUCCCCUUCCCAGUUCCUGUGCUUCUGCUGGGACAAGCUGUCUCAUUUCUGGAUGGGGGAAUACCUCUGGCACUGGAUGCUGCUUUUUUGGAUUGGCACGACCCUACUGCUCGUUUUCCAAGCCACGAGGGCCCCAACAGGAAGUGCACAACAUCCGCAAUACGCUUGCUUUCCCAUGGGAGGAACUGAAAGUCCUUUUACUGCUACAGAAGCCGUUUUUAGAGGUGACACUUCUGGGAUUCCGUCUGCAUACUCAGUCCCCCUUCGAGAAGCUAAGUAAUUGGCUUAGCUGUCCAGAAGCUCAGAAAGAAGCUCAAUGGAACUGUAAAUAA